AUGGAUCAGCCAGAAUUCGACAAAGAGUUAUUGAAAAAUAUGCCGUGUAGUACAAAUGCAUUCAGUAAUUUUGACCCAAACUGUAGAAAGGUAAGUCUAGUCUACCUCUACUGAGUCUAGAUGGGUUUUCAUGAACUUUCUGACCAAUAAUACUUAUAAUUUCCCGGCAUUUUUUCGUAAUUUUGUUAUUUUUUAACCCUUUAGAAGACUCGUUACAUUCGGGUGUGGAAUACGCCAGUCACGUCACGUGAAAGAAAAAUUGUCAACGAACGCGAUGAUGCCAUUUUAACCGCUCUGAUAAACAAUUGGAAUCGCAAAAUACAACCGUCAACGGUAAUUUUCGUAACUUUUUGAAAAGUAAUUGCCACUUUAAAUUUUAAAUUUACUGACUUUAGUCCAAAGAUGACAUUGCAUCAAGACCCGGUCCUUCACAUCGCCGCCACGCUAACGAUCAGCCCACUUCAUCCUCUCCCCCUGAGGCAAAACAACGAAGAGCUAGCUGA